AGUUCUUGUCAUGUCAUGAGUGAGAAUUUGACAUAUAGCUGGAGAUGCUUUACAAAGCAUGUUAUUUUGACCUCCCCAAACAACAUCUAGAAGUGUUCGGAAUUUAUAUUUUGGACUUAACUAUUCCUAAAACUUGAAUGUGAGGCUGCAUGCAACAUAUUCAAUCUUUCCUUUGAGAAUAAAUAACCACACAAAAAAACCCAAAAACAAAACAAAACAAAACAAAAGGUUGACUAAUGAGCCAGCCAACCUGCAUUAAUUAUGCGGCCGCAAGAAAUAUUGUAUUAAUUGGAAACCCAAAUACUAGCUACGCUCCUCCUAGCUGUCUUCAUCUACACCUCUUGCUUAUGACUUACUUCAUGAUCAGCUUUGAACCUUCAUCUGUAAAUGGCCAUGUUUCUUCUUCCUCUUAUAAUUUACUUAACAUCAUUCUCUAUCUUCUUUCCAUCUCCAUCUCAUGCAGCAGACACACUCACACCUUCAGACACGUUGAGAGACAAUCAAACCCUGGUCUCAGCCGGAGGAGUUUUCGAGCUUGGCUUCUUCAGCGAUUUAAUUUCAGGCAACCACUAUCUGGGAAUUUGGUUCAAAGCUGAUGCUGCCAAGGUUGUUUGGGUUGGUAACCGCGAAGCCGCCAUAUUAGAUUCCUCCGGUGUGCUCCAAAUUCGAUCUGGGAAUCUGCUUCUCUCUGACCGAAGACAGCUGCAAGUCAUAGUCAACUCAGCAAAUGUUGCCUCCUCCCCCAACACAACCGCAACACUUCUUGACACUGGAAACUUUGUGCUUAAAGAAGGAGAUACAGGCACGAUACUGUUAUAUGGCAAAGUUUCGAUGUACCAAGUGAUACAUAUCUUCCUGGGAUGAAACUAGGGUUGUUUGGCCAAAACACAACCCAACCAAGCUUUCAAUUUCUGGUUUCUUGGGUAAGCCCCCAAAACCCUGCUCGUGGCCUCUUCACUUUAACUCUUGAUCAGGCCAACUCCACAAAGGUGGUGGUUUGGAGAGGAGAUGGACGCCAUAUGGAUAUCGCUUUCUGGGACGGGCACAACCUAAGGUUUAUUUUUGACAACACAAGUAGCAAAAAUGACUACAAUUUUAGCUACCACUCCAUUGGAGAAGAAGAUGCCUACUACACUUUUAGCAAGGGAAGAUACGAUCUCAUGUGGUUUGUGAUGGCUUCAACUGGAGAUUUGGACCAGUUUUUCUUAUUGGAUGGAAAUAUUUGGUCUAUAAGUCAUCGUUUGUGUGAAGACUUCGCUGGGGGUAAUACUGGAAAGUGCUUGAGUUCAUUGCCAUCUAUGUGUGAGAAUGGUGAUAGCUUUUCUGUGAUGAAUGGUUCGUUGCCAUCUACGUUUAAUAGUGGUGGCUGGAUUAAUAUGGGAACUAGCGAUUGUGAAACUUUGUGCAAGAGCAAUUGUUCUUGUACUGCAUUUGUUUCAGUUCAGAAUGGUCAACAAGUUUGCCAACUUUAUUAUCAGAGUAGAAAGGAUCUUUUGAAGAUUGUGGAGAAGGGGCCAGGGAUUGUUUACAUUCGUGGUGGUGCUACUUCUUCAAGUGAUGGGAAGAAAUGGAGACUCUGGUUGGCUAUCGCAGUUCCCUUGGCUUCUCUCUUGGUUCUUAUCCCAAUCUUCUCAUUCUGCUACCUGCGUUGCAGAAAGGGGCGCAAAGAUCAAGCAACCAGACAUGAAGGGAUUAUCCAUUCAGAUCAAGUGAGAUUAUUCCAAAUGGGCUCCACCAAUGCGUCGCCAAUUCAAUAUGAUGAAGUCAGAAUUGCAAAUAUGAUGGAAUUAGGCAGGCAGAAGGAUCAAGAACUGCCCUUGUUUAGUUUCUCCACCAUACAGACUGCAACAAAUGACUUUGCCAAGGCUACCAAACUUGGUGAAGGUGGAUUUGGGCCUGUCUAUAAGGGUUUGCUACCAGAAGGGCAGGAAAUCGCAGUGAAAAGGUUGUCCGAAAUUUCGAGGCAAGGGUUGGAGGAGUUCAAAAACGAAGUCUCAGUAAUUUGUAAACUGCAACACAGGAAUUUGGUUAGGCUUUUGGGAUGCUGCAUUGAAGGAGAAGAAAGUAUACUGAUUUAUGAGUACAUGCCAAACAAAAGCCUGGAUUCUUUCAUUUUUGAUUCAACCAAACGGUCAAUUUUGGAUUGGAGAAGGCGCAUGCACAUCAUCGAAGGGAUUGCUCAAGGCCUUCUAUAUCUUCACAAAUAUUCAAGAUUAAGGAUCAUUCACCGCGACUUAAAAACGAGCAAUAUUCUGUUGGAUAGUGACAUGAACCCAAAGAUAUCUGAUUUUGGCAUGGCAAGAAUCUUCACGGACAAUGACACUAAAGGAAAAACAAGUCGGGUUGUUGGUACAUUUGGUUACAUGUCUCCGGAGUAUGCCAUGGGCGGCCUCUUUUCUGAAAAAUCAGAUGUGUUUAGCUUUGGGGUAAUCUUAUUAGAGAUCAUAAGUGGCAAGAAGAACGUUGCCUUAUUUGAGGUUGAUAAUCAGCUAAACUUACUCGGCAAUGCCUGGAAUCUGUGGAAAGAAGGCAAGAGCAUGGAAUUGGUGGAUUCAACAUUGACUGCUUCUUGUUCGAGCCGUGAAGUUACCAGAUACAUUCAGAUGGGACUUCUGUGUGUGCAAGAAAGAGCUAUGGAUCGACCAACCAUGGCGGACGUUGUUUCGAUGCUAAGCAACGAAACAAUAGCCAUGGCGCUUCCCAAAGAACCUGCAUCAUGGAGUCAGCUAAGUUCCAGUGAUGCAGAUUCAUCGUCGAGUAGGCAAAGACAUCACUCUACAUUUGAUAUGACGAUUUCAGGAGUGCACGGAAGGUAUUUAAACCAUCUCUCAUCUGUAAUGGCCAUGUCUCUUCCUCUUCUUUGCUUGAUAUCAUUCUUUAGCUUCUUUUUAUUCUCAUCUCAUGCAACAGACACACUUGCAUCUUCAGACAAUUCUGGAGACAACCAAACCCUGGUCUCAUCUGAGUGCGGUGAUCAUGGAGCUAAUUUUACUAAGAUGACUGGUUCGCUGCCAUCUACGAGUGGUGUUUCCGUAAGUAGUAUUGGUAUUUCUGAUUGCCAAACUUUGUGCAAGGCCAAUUGUUCUUGUGCCGGAUUCGCUUCUCUUCAGAAUGAAUCAACAUGUCAACUUUAUUAUGGGAGUAAACAGAAUCUAUUGAAGAUCAUAGAGAAAGGGGCGGGGCUUAUUUACAUCCGUGAUCGUGCUUCAAGUGGUAAUAAGAAGGAUAGUCUCUGGUUAAUUGUGGCGGUUCCUUUGGCUUCCCACUUGGCUUUUGUUUCAAUCUCGUUAUAUUGUUUUGUGCGUUGGAGAAGGUGGCGUAGAGAAGAUCAAGCAAGGAGACGAGAAGAAGGCAUUAUCAAUCCUGAUCAUGAAGGUAGAGGUGCAAUUAACAUGAAUGUAGGCAGACCGAAGGAUCAAGAAUUGCCCUUUUUUGGUAUUUCUACAAUAAAGGCUGCAACAAAUGACUUUGCCAAGGCUAAUAAACUUGGGGAAGGUGGAUUUGGGCCUGUCUAUAAGGGCAAGUUACUUCCACAAGGACAAGAAAUUGCAGUGAAAAGGCUGUCCAAAAUUUCCAGGCAAGGGUUGAAUGAGUUCAAAAACGAAAUUUCAGUAAUUUGCAGGCUCCAGCACAGGAAUUUGGUUAGGCUUUUGGGAUGUUGCAUUGAAGCAGAAGAAAGUAUACUAAUUUAUGAGUACAUGCCCAACAAAAGCCUGGAUUCUUUCAUUUUCGAUUCAACCAAACGGGUGCUUUUGGAUUGGAGAAAGCGCAUGAACAUUAUAGAAGGGAUUGCUCAAGGUCUUCUGUAUCUUCAUAAAUACUCAAGAUUACGGAUCAUUCACCGCGAUAUGAAGACCAGUAAUAUUCUGUUGGACUGUGACAUGAACCCAAAAAUAUCUGAUUUUGGCAUGGCACGAAUUUUCGGGGAUAAUGACACCAGGGGACAAACAAAUCGGGUUGUUGGUACAUUUGGUUACAUGUCUCCGGAGUACGCUGUGGAUGGCCGUUUUUCUGAAAAGUCAGAUGUAUUCAGCUUCGGGGUUAUGUUAUUUGAGAUCAUAAGUGGCAAGAAGAAUAUAGCCUUCUUUGAGGCUGAUCACUCCCUAAACUUGCUAGGCAUCGCUUGGAAUUUGUGGAAAGAAGGAAAGAGCAUGGAGUUGAUGGAUUCAACAUUGAGCAGUUCUUGUUCAAGCACUGAAGUCACCAGAUGCAUUCAGAUGGGUCUUUUGUGUGUGCAAGAAAAAGCUAUGGACCGACCAACCAUGUCGGAUGUUGUUUCGAUGCUAAGCAACAAAACAAUGGCUCUGCCUCUUCCUAAAGAACCUGCAUUUUUUAGUCGAUCCAGUGAUGCAGAAUCAUCUUCAAGUAGGAAAAGAUGUCACUCUGGAAAUGACAUAACAAUUUCAGACGUAGAUGGUAGGUAGCAAAGGCAAAGUUGUCUGCACAGGACCAAGUACACAACCAAAUGCUUCACGCUUUGUAUACAAACAUGAUUGUUUAUUUUCGAUUGGAUUGGAUAGGAUUUGGACUGCAAUGCCUGAGUCCUAUCCUGUGUUUGGUGUAGUAUGAUUGAACAUAAUUAAUUUGUCCAGCUAAUGAACUAGUUUAUUGAUUAAAUGUAACUGUGUUAUCUAAUUUAAUUGGAAUAGU